AUGCCUGGGAUUGGUAAAUCAGUGUUUCUUCUCUAUCUUCUGGCGAAAACAUUGGCUCGCAAACAACCGGCAUGCAUCCAUAUCCAAAACCAGACAUUUGCCAUUCUUGGAGGCGAAGCGACAGAUGUGUACAUUGUUCCCAACUCUUCUGAAAUUUUCUCAUCUUCAUUUCUGCACGACAUCCUUUUCCUGAUAGACAUGAGCUGGACUGGUAACAACCCCGAAUUCAUGGGCGGGUCGAAUAGGCUUUACCAGGUUGGAACGUCUUCCCCGAACCCGCGGUUAAAACAACUUAAGACUUGGCUAAAGGAGUCUCGCAUCACUCCUCUGGUGAUGAACCCACCCGAUGUUUUGGACGUUGCCAAAAUCUUAACGCACGCGUUCCCCAGUUCAAAGCUUCCAGAGCGAGAAAUGCAGAGCUUUGUUCGCCGCUUGGUUCAAACUUUUGGUGUGGACCUCCGUCGUUUCCACGAGGUCUUCAAUCAUCCUGGGUUUCAGUCAAACAGAUCCAUUGCUUUGGCCCAAGUGGUCGAUGAUUUCGUUGAUGAAGUUCGGACUAUUCUUGACGAUAUGAAGGUUGAAGAGCUUGUUAAGCUGAUACGCGGUAGUUCAGACUCUCCCCAGUACUUCCAUCGACUUAUUGCCUCAUAUCGAAAGCGACCGCUCCUUCAGACUGACUUGUACCUUGAGCGUAAACACAGUUUGCGACAUGAAGUCCGAUCUCACUUGUUGGUGAACCUACUCUGUGAGGCCUGGACAAACCAGGCCGACAAGAUGCGGACGAUUAUGGAGACCUUGCUCAGCUCCAACAUGAAAGUGGCUGCAGCUCUCGGCUGGCUGUUCGAAGCUGAAGGACACACUCAUAUCGUCGCCAACCAGAGCCUCAACGUUUACCCGAUGGUCCGGACACAAGUUGGAAAUAACGUCCGUCUGACUCAAAAUCUCAAUGGGCAUGCCCUGUCCAUGGAGAUCGGUCAACGGGUCAUGCAGCUCUAUGACUCUGCCUCCGACCCUUCAACAACCCAUGAACGUAACGCUUAUUAUGUCCCUAUGCAGGUCAAUAAUGCCCUCUUCGACUCGUUUCUGGCUGGUGAGAACUUUGGCGUUGCCUUUCAAAUGACCAGAUCGGCCAAACACAGCUUUGAAACUAAAUCCCUCACCCGGCUUCGAAAGCGGCUUGAAGCGAUCUGUGGCAAACCAUCUACCUUUCAUUUUGUCUUUGUUAUCCCUCAGGGCAGGAAUCUCCAGGUCAAUAUACCAAAUACCGCUCUUACCCGGAUGUUCAAGUACUAUACACUACCCCUGGCCACUAAGUCGCUGGAUUCUCAAAACCCUGAUUUGGUAAACAUGUUAAACGAGAAUGGCAUGGGUGGUAUGCUAGGUGAGGUGGAGCCUGAGGAUGGUGAAUAUGCCGAGGUUGGCGAAACAGCGGAUGAUGGGGACAUAGUCAUGGAUUGAUGAAUAUCGCCUCAAGCGGUCGAAUGUAUUCCUUUCUUUUCUCCUAGAGACUUCCAUCCCUGCGAUCCGUAGUAAUCCGUAU